GGAAACCAUUUCUGUGGCUUUCGCCAAGUUUGACACAAGCUUUGCGUUUGUUGGCGCCAGUUGUGCCUACGAGGCAUCAAGUCGUCAUUAAACUCUGUUGUCUGCAACCGUGUUUCCCCCUGCCGCAGUUGUUUGUGUUGUCCUCUCACAUUGAAAAUGCUCAACCCCAAGAUGAAGAUCAUCGUCGUGCUGCGUGACCCGGUGCAGCGAGCUCUGAGCCGCUUCUUGGAACAGAAGCGCAAUGAGCGCUUUCCGCUGCAUAAAGAGGUCAAGAACCACACGUUCGCAACGUUCGUGGACCAGGAGGUUGACGAGAUGGACGCGUGUGUGGAGCGCGCGAGUGCCUUCAAGAACCAGCUGUCCAACAGUGCGGUGCCGGUGGGCUGGGGCGGCGGCAUGAGCCUCGGCCAGUGGAUGGAGGCUCAGUGCUUCGCGCGGAGAAAUAUCAUUGGCUGGUCCGCCUACGACGUCUUCCUGGAGAACUACCUUGCGCACUUCCCGCCCGGCCAGGUCCUGGUCCUGUACACUAACGAGCUCGCUGAGAACCCGCUGUCCGCCAUCCGCAAGACCGAGUCGUUUCUGGGCGCGCCGGAAUUCAACUACGACCCCAAUCGCCUGUCCAUGGUCUUCAAUUCGCGAGCCUGCUACCACUGGAAAUGCGCCAAGAAGGCGAACGAGAUCAAGGCCGUCGACGACUCGGAGCCAGUCACCAACCGCACCGCGCCCUUCCUACAAGCCGUCAGCCGCCUCACCACUUUCUUCAAGCCGCGCAUGCAGCGCAUGUUCAAGUGGGCAGAUGAGGGCCGCAUUGCGGACGUGCCGCCUGCAUGGAGGAGCACGUAUGCGUAAGGUUGCCUUGUAUCUUUAGUCACAAGGAGUAACGGCGCGGGCUUGGUGAGAGCGUGUAGAACGUAAGUACGGCUGUGUUUUGGGGGCGGGCGGGAGGGCGGCGAAACGUGGCCGGAUGCGCACAUGAAUGACAGCGGCAACCCGUGUGUGGUCGGGAAGACCGCGGAACUCACAAUGCAUGCCAUCCAAGGACGAUGGCACAAGGAACGUAACGGGCAAGGAAUGGAAGGAUGGUGCUGGAAUUGUGGACGUCAGGUUGGGCCACGUGGUGGCCUGAUCUAGGCUUGCUAGGACGCAGAUAACACACGCACACCCACGCAUACAUGGUGACGUCAUCUGCGGUACAGGGGCGGACUGUGGAAGCCGCCAGAAGCACGUGGCCAGGAGGUGUAGGCUGGCGCGCGCUUCGGGUAACAUGCGUUGCGGCUUUGCAGUUGCGGCUUUGCAUGCACCCAUCGCGCUGUCGCACGGGGUAUCAAAACUAGCCGUUGCUACGGGGCGUGUGUUGCGCUGUGGUGGUUGCCACGCCAACUCCUCCCGCAACUAGCUCUGCAAGAUUUCUUCAGAUGACCUGAGAGCGAUUUGCGAUCUGCAUGCGGCAUGUAUCCAGUAGCCAUUGGUGGGGCAGUCCAUGCAAGGCGGAGGAUAGAGCAUGACGGUGAUUCAGGCCUCGCGUGUUUGCGUACACUUCUUAGGCUGGCCUGGUCGCGACCACAUGGCCUUGAGGUUUGCGUGGCGACAUCUGUGUUGGGGAAGCUUUUGCGGGCCGGGGUUGCGAAAUUUAUGGGUCAGUGCUGGACGCGAAGGACAGUCUUGGGUUGUCAGUCCACGCUUGCGAGUGAGGGGAGCACCUGUGACGGCCAUGAUGUGAUUUUGUUGCCUUCUGAAGGCGUAGGCGGGCAAGAUGUCGGUCCGAAAGGGCAGAGAAGGGAUGGUGGCACGCGCUCGGACGGACCCACUGACCGCUGGCUAGGCGUGGCGGGGCAUGUGUGUACGGCACCGUUCGUGCUUGUGCACGUACGCUUCUGGCGCGCAGCAUGUGCUCGAGAGGCACCAGCACGCAUGGUGAGGAUGAGCGCAGGUUUUGCUUCCGUUUUGCGCCCACGUGACAGGCUGGAGCAAGUGAUGACGGAGGAUGCAGUGUGACUCGCUGAUGUGUGUGUUAAAGAGCACAAGGAAAACGUUGCGCAAAGACAGUGUAUGCGAUGCAGCAAAGCGACGGUUUACGGAUGUUACCUGAAGUUACCUCGCAUACCUGCUGAUGUGUGUGUGUGUGUGGCUGGGGGCAAUGCCGGACAGAACUUCAUCUAUGAUGAACCCUGACGCGGGCUUGGAUGGAUGGAAGGUUUUGGCAGGGGCCUACAAUCUCGUCCGGCUAUGCCGUUGGUGCUGUGCCCUCGCCCGCGUGCCUUCGCUUCGUUUGUGUGUAUGUGUGCGAUGGGACAGUGGUAAGGCAAGUUGGUAAAGUCCCGUAGGGUGCAGCUGUUUCCCAGAACCCAACAAAUGGCAUACAAUUGGCAGCGGCAGGGCAAGAGUGCGCGGCUGGUCGAACGCCGGCGUUACUGUACCGACGAGUUGCUGGCUGGCUGGAAGUUUGCUGACGCGCAUCCGUAUGUGUGUAUGUGAAUGUUCGCUUCAUGCAGGAUGCAAAUUGCGAUGCUCGGUGCUUCAAUUUCGCUUAGUGGCUAGCAUAGCUGGACAGAAAACGGCUGAGGACUCCUGUGCUGUCGCGGGGAGUGUGUCUGUGGGUGAUAAGGGCGGUCUGAGGCCCCAUCCAGUAGAGUGCGGGAUCUGUUACUCAUCCAUCCGAACGAGCAACUGCAAGUAAGUAGUAACAUGCAUUGUGUGCGUGUGUGUGUAUGCGUGAUUGUGGUAUUGUAGACUAGAGGUUUGUCGCGACAUGUAUACAUAUGAGAGUAGAGGGGGCUUACGAUGCUGACAUGGCGUGGCGUGAUGAAUGCACCGUACUGCUUGAAAUCAGGCGCCGUAUAGAUGCGCUGGAGCAAUGAUGGCGGCAAGUGAACGCUGUUACGCUGCGGAAGGGAACGACAUGGUAUGGCAGGCACUCUUGCUGCUGAGGUGCAGCGAGGUGGGACCACUGCGAUUAACAAUUCCCAUGCCUUGGCCAAUCCGAUUGGCGUGCAUCACUUGCAUGUAACACUGACUCAAG